UGUGCAAAUUUUAAGAAACUGGGCACACGUUAACGAGACAUGACCCCUGAUUUCGCAUUUUAGAGGGGAGGUUUUGUCGUCAUACAGCUGUGAUAGAAGAGCCCUGAUUCCUUUGUGCUACUGGUUCUUGGUGGGUGCCUGCCAUGGAGUUGGCUCACAGCCUCCUGCUCAAUGAAGAUGCCUUGGCCCAGAUUACUGAGGCAAAGAGGCCUGUCUUCAUCUUUGAGUGGCUCCGCUUCUUGGACAAAGUUCUUGUGGCAGCAAAUAAGGUGGAUGUGAAGGAGAAGCAGAAGAAACUGGUGGAACAGUUGACAGGACUGAUAAGCAGUGCUCCUGGACCCCCAACAAGAAAACUGCUGGCCAAAAACCUUGCUACCCUCUACAGCAUUGGUGACACCUUCACUGUGUUCCAGACUUUGGACAAGUGCAAUGACAUUAUCAAAAACAAAGAUGACACCCCUGCAUACUUGCCAACAAAACUUGCUGCAGUGGCAUGCGUUGGGGCUUUUUAUGAAAAGAUGGGCAGGAUGCUGGGAAGUUCCUUUCCUGAUACCAUUAAUAACCUUCUGAAGGCAUUAAAAAGUGCAGAGUCCCAAGGUAGAGGGGAGAUUCUUCUCAGUCUGCAGAAGGUGCUUAGCGGACUGGGUGGGGCUGCAGCAUCCUGUCACAGGGAUAUCUACAAGAAUGCCCGGUCCUUACUCACAGACAGGUCCAUGGCAGUGCGCUGUGCAGUAGCAAAGUGUAUGCUGGAGCUUCAAAAUGAGGCAGUGUUCAUGUGGACCACAGAACUCGAAAAUGUAGCUACACUGUGUUUCAAAGCCCUGGAGGGUUCCAACUACGGAGUACGGGUAGCAGUGUCCAAAUUGUUAGGGACAGUCAUGGCAACGGCCCUAAUGCCAAAACAAGCAGCAGUGAUGCGUCAGAAUGUGAAGCGGGCCACCCUUGAAGAGGUUUUGGAGCUGAUGGCCACUGGUUUCCUGCGGGGAGGAUCUGGUUUCUUGAAGAGCGGGGGCGAGAUGCUGAAGGGGGGCGGUUCUGUCAGCAGGGAGGUGCGGGUGGGAGUCACACAGGCCUAUGUCGUGUUCGUGACUACACUCGGUGGCCAGUGGUUGGAACGCAACUUUGCCACCUUCCUGUCCCAUGUGUUGGACCUAGUGUCUCACCCACGGGCCACACAAACACAUGUAGAGGCUGUGUACUCACGGCGCUGCGUCUCCUUCAUGCUGCGUGCCACCCUGGGGGGCCUGUUGGGAGAGAAAGCACAGAUUGCAGCGGGCAAGGAAAUCUGCCAAGCCAUCAGCAAGCAAAUGAGGGCUGUGGAAGCAGUAGUGAAUGACACAAGUGGAGAGAAUAAGGCAGGCGCAGCGGAUGUCUCUGCCAGUCAGCACGUCAUGGUGUGUGCCCUGAAGGAGCUGGGUAGUCUGGUUCAGAGUCUGAGUGCCACAGCCUCACCACUCAUCCAGGAGCCAUCCAUAGGGCUUUUGGAGACCGUGACCUCAGUGCUCCUGCACCCGAGCAUGGCGGCCCGUUUGGCUGCUGCAUGGUGCUUGCGAUGUGUUGCUGUGGCACUACCUUACCAGUUGACUCCGCUAUUGGACCGCUGUGCUGAGCGCAUCAACAACCUAAAGACUUCGCCUGAAGCUGUGAGCGGCUACAGCUUUGCAAUGGCCGCCCUGCUUGGAGGGGUGCACCAAUGCCCCCUGGGCAUACCCCACUCCAAGGGCAAGCUAGUAGUGAGUAUAGCUGAGGACCUCCUGCGGACAGCUGCGCAGAACAGCCGACUGUCACUGCAGCGCACACAAGCAGGAUGGCUGCUCCUGGGUGCCCUCAUGACUCUGGGUUCCUCCCUGGUGCGCUAUCACCUGCCCAAGAUGUUACUGCUGUGGAGGAAUGUGUUCCCUCGCUCCCAGAAAGAGCUUGAGGCUGAGAAGGCCAGAGGAGACUCAUUCACCUGGCAGGUCACCUUGGAGGGCCGAGCCGGGGCACUGUGUGCCAUGCGCAGCUUUGUGGCCCAUUGUCCUGAGCUGCUUACAGAAGAUGUGAUCCGUAGGCUGAUGACCCCUAUUGAAUGUGCUAUGACUAUGAUGUCUCAUGUCCCAGCUAUCAUAAAGGUCCAUGGGGCUCAUCUGAAGGCCAGUGCUGCCAUGGUGAGGCUGAGGCUGUACGACAUUCUGGCCCUCUUGCCUCCCAAGACAUAUGAAGGCAGCUUCAAUGCCCUCCUGAGAGAACUGGUGGCUGAGUUCACUUUGACUGACAACUCCUCCAACACCACCACCUCUUUGCUGCGCUCGCUGUGUCACUAUGAUGACAGCGUGCUCAUGGGCUCCUGGCUACAGGAGACAGACCACAAAUCCAUAGAGGAUCAGCUGCAACCCAACAGUGCAUCUGGCAGUGGAGCUCUGGAACAUGAUCCCUCCUCCAUCUACCUGCGUGUCCCCGUGGGUGAAGCUAUCCCUGGGCCACUUCCUCUGGGUGUGUCUGUCAUUGAUGCCUCUGUGGCCUUAUUUGGGGUGGUCUUUCCCCAUGUGUCCUUUAAACACAGGCUACAGAUGCUGGACCACUUUGCCGAGUGUAUCAAGCAGGCUAAGGGAGUUCGACAGCAGGCAGUCCAGCUAAAUAUUUUCACUGCCGUGCUUAGUGCAUUAAAGGGCCUUGCAGAGAACAAGAGUACUCUGGGUCCAGAGGAGGUGCGCAAGUCUGCUUUGGCGUUAGUGAUGGGAGCCCUGGACAAUCCCAACCCCAUCCUUCGCUGUGCUGCUGGAGAGGCCCUGGGCAGGAUGGCCCAGGUGGUGGGAGAGGCUACUUUUAUUGCUAGGAUGGCACAGUACAGCUUUGACAAGCUGAAAUCAGCCCGUGAUGUGGUGUCAAGGACAGGCCAUUCCCUGGCACUUGGCUGUCUGCAUCGAUAUGUCGGAGGAAUUGGUUCAGGCCAGCACUUGAAGACCAGUGUCAGCAUCCUUUUGGCCCUAGCUCAAGAUGGAUCCUCUCACGAGGUCCAGACGUGGGCCCUACACUCUCUGGCCCUAAUCGUUGACUCCAGUGGUCCCAUGUACAGAGGCUAUGUAGAGCCCACCCUGUCCCUGGUUCUCACACUCCUCCUCACUGUGCCACCCUCCCACACAGAGGUGCACCAGUGUUUAGGGCGCUGCCUGGGAGCGCUCAUCACCACUGUGGGACCAGAACUACAGGGAAACAGUGCCACCAUCUCUACCAUCCGCUCAUCAUGCCUGGUUGGUUGUGCCAUCAUGCAGGACCACUCUGAUUCACUGGUGCAGGCAGCCGCUAUCUCCUGCCUGCAGCAGCUACACAUGUUCGCUCCCCGCCAUGUCAACCUGUCCAGUUUGGUCCCCUGUCUCUGCGUGCACCUUUGCAGCUCUCACCUGUUGUUGCGCCGUGCCUCGGUGGCUUGUCUGAGACAACUAGCACAGAGAGAGGCAGCGGAGGUGUGUGAGUAUGCCAUGAGUCUGGCAAAGAGGGCAGGAGACAGCAAAGACAGCACCACUAUCAAUCUAAAUAUCACAGAGACAGGUCUCGAGGGCGUUCUGUUUGGGAUGUUGGAUCGUGAGACUGACAGGAAGCUGUGUUCUGACAUCCAUGACACACUGGGCCACAUGCUGUCCUCUCUUGCUGUGGAGAAGCUGUCCCACUGGCUGAAACUCUGCAAAGAUGUCCUAGCAGCCACUACAGAGGUCGGAGGGGCUGUCGUAUUCAAUGUUGGUAAAGAUGAGGAUGACUCUGAGAAAAAGGAUGAGAUGGAUGAUGACACCAUGUUUACAGGCCUGGGCGAAGAUGACAAGUCUAAGCCCUCUGUUGCACCGCGCUGGGUGACGCGGGUGUUUGCCGCCGACUGCUUGUGCCGCAUCAUCUUUCUGUGUGAAAAUGCAGACAAAGCACACUUUGACCUGGCUGCUGCCCGCUCUGCACAAGCCAAAAACCCCAAAGGGGACCUGCUGGUGCUCCAUUUGUCUGACUUGAUCCGCAUGGCCUUCAUGGCAGCUACAGACCACAGUAAUCAGCUGAGGAUGGCAGGACUACAGGCCCUUGAGGACAUCAUUAAGAAGUUUGCUUCUGUGCCAGAGCCUGAGUUCCCUGGACAUGUUAUCCUGGAACAAUACCAGGCCAAUGUUGGCGCCGCCCUCAGACCAGCGUUUUCACCUGAUACACCAUCUGACAUAACAGCCAAGGCAUGCCAGGUGUGUAGUACAUGGAUUGGUAGCGGCGUAGUCAGUGACCUCAAUGACCUUCGGCGAGUCCACAACCUGCUGGUGUCCUCUCUGGAUAAGGUGCAGACUGGGAAGGGCUCUUCAAGCCAGUUGUACAGUGAGAGUGCCACCACUAUGGAGAAACUAGCAGUACUCAAGGCAUGGGCGGAGGUCUAUGUGGUGGCUAUGAAGAUCAAGAAAGAAGCCGAGUCCAAGCCAGCCCGACCAGCCCGGGGGGCAGAUGACGACGAGGAUGAGGAGGAUCUGGGAGCUGACGUGCUUCCGCCGGACAGCCUCAUUAUACUGGUGCAGCCGGAGCUGCCCUCCCUCAGCCGCCUGUGGCUAGCCAUGCUCCGAGACUACGCUCUGCUCACACUACCCGCUGAAUUCUCCAGCCAGCUGCCCCCUGAUGGUGGGGCGUUCUAUACCCCGGAGACCAUCGACACAGCGAGGCUCCACUAUCGUAGCUCAUGGGCCCCUGUCCUUCAUGCCGUGGCUCUGUGGCUGAGCAGCACUGGGUUUGGUGCUAGUGAGGAGCCUGAGGAGCCUCCAUCUGCCCCCAUCAGGACCCCUGGCAAUCCCCAGGGAGCCUUGUCCACUCCUAAGUCAUUUGAAGAACUGGUCAAAGACAGAAUGCAUCUAAUGUUGGGUGUCAGUAUUGAGUUUCUGUGCUUCCCCCGGCCCGAGGAGCCUAUUGAGCAUGUGAUGUCCUGCCUGCAGGCCCUGUGCACUGUGAUGGACUCUCCUUAUGCUAAGACCCAUAUUGCAGAGGACCAGCUGUUGGCGGUGGAGCUGCUGAAUGUCCUCCAUAGACUGCUAUUAACCCGGGACCCUCCGGCUGUACAGCUUCAGGUCACUGCUGUGGUGCAGGAGACAAUCGGGGCCGCUCUGGAGCAUCUGCAACAGCAGAGGGCCACCCAGGGUAAGGAGGAGGGGGAAGAGAAGGACUUUCGGUCUGUCUGUGGAGAAGGAGGGGACACAGGGGAGCUCCUACCUGGAAAGUCAUUGGUGUUUGCAGCAAUGGAGCUACUUGUGUUCAUCUUGGUACGCCACCUGCCUCAGCUCAAUACACGGGUCAAGGAGUCGCCCAGCCAUGUGUCGGUCCAGCCCCAGCGUCUGCCCGAGGAGAGUGCCCGCCUGGUGGCAAACACAGUCUCCAUCCUGGCGGAGCUGCCCUCGCUCUGCUCCCCUGCUGGAAGCAUGACUAUUCUGCCUACUGUGCUCUUCCUCAUCACUGGGGUAUUGAGGGAAACGGCCAUUAAAAGUGCUGAUAACUCUGUGCCUAUGCCCGUGUCGGCAGCCCUUCAGGGCAUCAAGACCAUCAUCACCUCCCCACUGGCAAGGGUGGAGAGGACUCAGACACAGUGGACUGGCCUUUUGAGGAGCAGCCUUGCAUCUCUACUGGAGUACUCUCAACCAGAUGAGUCCAGGCCUGACAUGGAUGAGGUCAGUAUGUUGACAGCCAUCACACUCUUUCUACUGUCUGCCAGUAACGAGGUCAUGGGGGUGACCGUCUUGCAGAAAGGCUGUAUGGACCGCUUCCGAAAUGGCCUCAACUCUGCUGAUCCUCAGGUUCAGGCCCGCUGUUACCAGCUGCUACUGUCAGUGUUUCAGCACUCUAGCCGUGCCCUCUCUACCCCGUACAUCCAUGCUCUUGCUCCUCUCAUGGUGGAGAAGCUAAAGGCUGUUGAGCGCCGACGCCCAGGGACUGCUGUUGAGCUACAGGCUGUUCAGGAGGGCAUCAGGGUUCUGGAGAACCUGGUGGGCAUGGGUGAGGAGCAAAACCGAGUACAGCUGCUGGCUCUCCUGGUCCCAACUCUAAUCUCUUACCUUUUGGAUGAAAAUGCCAUCUCCUCUGCGCCCCAAGUUUCCAAAGGGCUACAUGAGUUUGCUCUUCAGAACCUGAUGCGUAUUGGCCCCCUCUAUCCAGCCGCCUUUAAAACUGUGAUCGGGGCAGCACCUGAGCUUAAAACCCGACUUGAAUCUGCUAUCCGGGCUAACCAAGCCAGCAGCAAAGCUAAAGCAGCGGCCAGGCAAGCUCAGCCUACUGUGCAAGCAGCACCAACCAUCAAACUCAAGACAAGCUUCUUCUAAACACGCCAGACAUGUGCACUCUGUUAGGUUCCUUUUUUCUUUUGUUAAGGCUACUAUGUAUAUGAGCUAUAGUCUCCUAUGUGAACUUAUUCUUCAACUCAUCUUUGUUUACAUUGUAUACGUAGGCUUCGUGUAAUCUUGAAACUAAGGAAGUGAUGAUGUAAAUAUCAUUGAAGGGUCUAUGAAUGUACACUUAAAAAUAUCUUCCAGAGUUUCAUUGUCAUUGUUUAAAUGUAUUAUUUUCCAAAUUAAUGCACAUAUGUAAAGGGACACAGUCAAUUUUGGGGGGGGGGGGGUUUCUGUCCUUUUUCACUUUCCAAUAUUUUAUGUGGAUUGUGCCAUCAUUAUUUAUGGCAUUGCGUCCACAUUAGUAUGGCAAUCUGUGUUUUGUUUUUUGUUUUGUUUGUUGUCAGGUUUCCCUUGUGUGUCUUUUUAUUGGCGGUGUUCAUUCUAAGAGAUGUAAGUUUAUUGAUGCAAAUGGAUGCUGCUCUUCCAUUGCGAUUGUUUAAGUUAUGUAGCAGACGUUCCCAUGUCUGGCUCUCACAAGUUGUUAAUGAGAAAAAACUUUUAAAUGUUUGAGUGCAUAAUGAGAUUCUGUGAAAGUUUCUUGACUAUUAAAUGCCCUGCG